AUGGGGAGAAGGUUCGGAGAUGGGGAGAAGGUAGUGGUCUAUGAGGCAGCGAGUGCGAUGCAGCAUGACCUCCCAAAGAAAGAACGAGACGCCGGGGGUUUCGUGAUUCAAAUAGCUCUCGAAAAUGGGAAGGGGACUUCGGGAAUGCUAGACUUUGGAGUAGGGAUCAACCUUAUGCCGUUCUCUAUCUUUCAGCGGCUCGGCCUAGGAGACUUGAGACCAACCCGGAUGUGCCUCCAGCUUGUAGACCAUUCAAUCCGAUACCCAAAAGAAGUGGUAGAAGAUGUCCUAGUUCGUGUAGGGAGACUCAUUGUCCCGGUGGACUUUGUCGUCCUAGAUGUGACCCUGAACAUGAUAGUCUAUGGCGAAUCAGUAUCCAUUUCCGUUCGAGAAGCCACAUCUGCAUCCUCGGUGAACUUUGUGGAGGAGUGCGCCUUUGUUGAUAUAACCGACCCGUUCGUGGAAGAGAUGACCCCGACCAUUGAGCUCCUUGCAGCCGACGAGCCCCACACACCGACUCCACCCACAUUACCUCGCCACCUCAAGUAUGUAUUCCGUGAUGACGAGAAGCAAAAGCCGGUCAUCAUUUUUGCCGAGCUUAACCGAGAUGAGAAGAGGGAGCUGAUUAAGGUACUCAAUAAGAAUCAGAAGGCUAUUGGGUGGAGCCUCGGAGAUAUGAAGGGCAUCAGUCCCUCCACAUGCAUGCACUGGAUCAUCCUAGAAGAGGGUGCCAAGCCAUUUCGGGACAGCCAACGACGACUCAACCCGAACAUGAUGGAGGUGGUGAAGAAAGAAGUGUUGAAGCUCUAUUCCGAGGGACUCAUUUAUCCAGUGGCAGACAGCGAGUGGGUCAGCCCGAUCCAUGUGGUGUCGAAGAAAGGGGGCAUCACAGUCAUCGAGAAUGAGAAGAAGGAGAUGAUUCUUGACCGUCUCUCGGGCCAUCAGUUCUACUGCUUCCUAGAUGGACUCUCCGGCUACUACCAAGUAGCCAUAGCGCCCGAAGACCAACCUAAGACGACCUUCACGUGCCCAUUCGGCACAUUUGCUUUCAGGCGUAUGCCAUUCAGCCUAUGCAAUGCACCCGAGACUUUCCAAAGGUGCAUGUUCUCCAUUUUCUCCGAUAUUCUUGAGGACUGCUUACAGGUGUUAAACCAAUUUUCUCCGAACCGUUCGUCUUCCUCUUUGUCGGGUUGA